AUUACUCUGUUGACAGAGAAAGGGUACAAUUAGUCAUAUUGUUUUGACUGAGCAUAAGGAAGAAUUUGAUGUUCCGUUGAGAUGGCCGAAUAGGCUCUUCUUCUUUGCGCAAUUCUUGGUCUCGAUCAGUAUCCCAUUUCAGCUAAGUUUUUUGUUGAGUGGGGAUUCCACCCUCUAUUGUUUGUUUCCAAUGGGAUUCCUUUGCUGUUGUGGGGGCACUUAUGCAUUAUGUGUUUGAUGCAGUUUAGCACUUUCAACAAGUUGAUUGGAUGGGAUUUACUUUCUAUUUUGGUUCCCUGGUUGGUUCGGUUUCCUCCUAUGACGUUGCUACCCCAACCAAAGAAAUUCAAUGGCUGGGGUCUGUCUUCACUGGUGUCUUCUUCUGUGUUAUUGUUUAUAGAUUGACUGCCAAUUUGAGUUCCCUGUUGUUUGCGGGAUAUGGCAAAUUGAAUAGAGCAGAGAAAAUUGAAUGGAAUAACCGGGGAUUCUCAACUGUUCAUGCUCUGUUUGUAUCAUUUGCGUCAUUUUACUUUCUGGUGUUAUCAGACAUCUUCAAAAAGGAUUCACAAGAAGAACUUGUUAUUAAUAGAUCAUCCACUUUCUCAAAUUCGGUACUGGGGAUUUCUAUAGGUUAUUUUCUAGCUGAUCUGGCAAUGAUUCUUUGGCAUUUUCCAGCUUUAGGUGGUGUGGAAUACGUUUUACACCACGGGCUGUCCAUGUUUUCAAUUAUUCAAUCUUUGCUGAGUGGUCAAGGACAGAUCUACAUCCUUAUGGUUCUUUUCUCUGAGAGUACAACUCCUUUUGUAAAUCUAAGAUGGCACUUGGACGUUGCUGGUCUUAAGAGCUCCAAGCUUUACGUAUGGAAUGGCGCUGCAUUGUUCUUCGGGUGGUUGAUUGCAAGGAUUUUCCUAUUCAUAUUCUUUUUUGUCCACAUGUGGACCCAUUUUGAUGAGGUCAAUGAGAUCUUCCCAUUGGGGUUUUAUACCUUGGUUGUGGUGCCUCCUGUGUUGACGAUUAUGAAUUUGUUUUGGUUCUGGAAGAUUGCCAAGGGUUUGGUUAAAACUCUUUCAAAAGCAAAGCAUGGCAAGUGAGCCUACUAAAUGGCCAUUGAAUUCAUUUAGUACAGUUGUGAUUAACUUUUUUUUUUCCUCUUAACAUUCUAAAAAGAUUCAGUACGGUAUAUGCUGUAUAUUUGCCUUUUAGAAAUUGAAUAUAUUGUUGUGAUUACAUACAUGUAUUCUGAAUCAGUAAAGAAAGCAAAAGUUA